AUGCUCGACGAUAACCUCCCCACCUACCGACUUCAACAAUCGUCCGACAACCCCCAAAACACCCUUCUCUACUUCACACACAACGGAUCCGAGCCAUCGCCUGAAUACCUCAUCAAGCGCCCAAAGCCAUCCGAGUCAAGAAACCAAUAUGCGCUCGGCCUCCUCGACGUGAACUAUGCAUCUGUUAUAUAUGCAGAAGUGCUGAUCAAACCCGAAUGGACUCAGCCUAGCCUGUCGGCGGCAGAGCUGCGAGCGCAGCAUGGGGUGUCGACGCCUGUGCCGCUUCUGCCCGAAGCUUUCAACGUGCUUCUGUAUAACCCUGACCAGUCCAUUACCGUGAAGCGCAACCAUGGAAGUUGGAACAAGUCCGAUACGUGGGAUUUUGAAGUCCCCGAGCGCAGUUUCAAGCUUCCCAGCUCGAGCCAGAUUGAUAAGGAUAGCACACCGGCUAUAUCGGAACUGGCGCCCAAGGUGGUAUUUCGAUGGAAGAAGGAUGGCCGCCUUAGCAAAGAUAUGAUCUGUUACAUGUCUGGACGGAGCGUGGGAGGCAAGAAGAGCAAGGAGCCCGACAUUACCGUUGCUCUCUUCCGCGCCGGGAAAAAUGAGAGUGCCGUGACGAUAUAUGAGCCGAAUAUGGCUCGUGUGGAGGUUGAAGAUCGCAAGGGGCUUGAAGUGGCCUUGAUACUAAGCGCCGAGGUCGUUCGCGACUUGUACCUCACUCCACGAUACGAUCCGUUCAACACAGCGGGAAGCUCGGGGCCGUGCUCGUCAAACACAUCAAAGCCAUCUGGACCAGCACAAGCGCAGUCAAUACCCAUGGCAUCGGGUGCUCUCGGUCUCGGAAUCUCUCCCGGCCCAACCCCUUCCGCCCCUGUUCAACAAUCGAGUAUUGACGCUGAGACAAAGCGUCUCCAAGCCAUGGUUGAAGAAGAAAAGCGACAGUCCCGGGAACGCGAGAAGCGAGACCAAGAGGAGCAGAAGGGGAUCCGCAAAAUGUUGGAACAGGAGGAGAAUGAACGCCGUAGACGCGAGGCUGAAAUCGACAAAGAAACCGAGCGGCUGCGCAGACAAUAUGGAGUUCAGGCACCACCAAGCGGAUCACCCCCGACGGCCACGCCAGCACUUCCUCCUCGACCAGGUCAGAAUCAGUACUAUGCGUCUGGAGGCCUCGGCUGGGGACAACAACAACAACCCCCGAUGCCGCCGCGCCCAAACAGCGUGGGACCUCCACCGCAACAAGACUACUCAAAUAACGGUGGCAAGAAGAAGCAUUCGGGUCCGCUGGGCGGAUUGUUAGGUCCGUAUAGUGGGCCGUCGGGAGCGAGCGUCAGUGGUUUCUUCCAUAGGUCCGAGGAGGAUAAGCGAAAAAAGGUGGAAAAGAAGAGAAGCGUGCAUUUCUGA